AUGAACGGCUUCAACUUCAACAUGGCCGACGCCUCCGCAGGGCUCCCUUUCCUCCAGCAGCCCUCCCAACACAUUCAACAGCAGCAGCAGCCACAGCCACAGUCCGACGCCGCACGACCCCCCGUAAAGCGUCGCAACCGCAAGGCCGUCUCGUGCGUAUCCUGCAGGGAGAAAAAGAUCAAGUGCGAUCGUGUAGUGCCGUGCAACCAGUGCGUCAAGCGAGGCGAACAGGACCAAUGCCGCAUCGAGCAAAAGCCCAAGAUCGUCCACAACCACCCGCCCGCCCCCUCGGCCUCGCAUCCUCCCAUCGACCCGCUCUCGCCCGGAUCCGCAGCCUAUUCCCAGUUCAGCGCCGCCAUCUCUACCGCCAAGGACCAGGUCAACGCAGCACAGGCCACCGGCAGUCCGCCCCCGGCAGAAGUUGAGGCGAUCAAGGCAAGGCUUGCCCAGGUCGAGGCGCUCCUCGCCGGUCAAAUGCCCUUAUCCAGCGCAAACGCCUUCGCUCCCUCUUCGCCCGCAGCAUCGUCCAACUGGAACGUCUACAGAUCCGCUUCCGGCUCCGGUCCCGCGGAACUCGAUCUCUCGCGCGCUUCCACCAGCUCUCACAGCCCCGCCAGCCUCUUCUCCGGCCACCGCUCCGCAUCCAUCCCCACCUCCGCACAUCACUCCUCGGUCUCCCCCAACGCAGCUCCUCAUGACACCGACGAGAGCGAAUCCGACGACGACGACGAUACCGCCCCCUCCAGCCCGCGUGCUCCGCAUUCCGCCCACUCGCCCUCCAACCGCCUCAGGACAGACCGCAUGCCCGUAUCGAGGAAAGAGAUGGACUCCGACACCGAGGACGCCGCCAUGGUCCUCGAGCGCCUCGCCAUGGACGGGCCCAACGACAUGCGCUGGGACAGCACCUCCGGCGGGUGUCCAAAGCAGAAGAACGCCGCCGGCGCAGAAGAGCUCGCCACUAGCCAAAAGUUCGAGCGCUGCAACAAAAAGGUCUCCGAAGCCGCCAACACGGCCAACGACACUGUCGCCCGUUUCGAAAAGUGUCUCCAGCGCGACAGAGAAGUGGGCCUCAUGUCGACCGAGUGUGCCACCUCGGCUCCAGCACAAGCCACCGUGCAGUCGCCCGUCAGCGUGCUGCCACUCCAGGCGUCCGAGACUCAGGUCCCCACCGGUAUGCUCCUUCCCACGCUCUCGAGCGCACCGCAAUCCGACGAGCCCUCGAGCAGCGGUCCACCAUGCGCCUGCCGUGCACCCAACGACGAGGGCACCGACACCACCUCCUACCAAGUCGGUGCUGACCACGCCUGUCUCAAGAACAACGAGCCCGCGUCCAAAGAACCUUCGCCCAUCACCGUCCCCUGCAAGCUGGCGUGUGAGAACAAAGGUCUGCUUCGACUCAAGAGCGGUCCCGAAACCCUCUUUGGUUGGGGCAUGGGGUGGGCCUGGUCGGCUGCCGAGAUCCUCAUCCAGCAGGACCAGCAAAAGGCAAAGGAGCAGGGCAAGACCUUUGACGUCGGCCCUCGCACCGAGCGCGAAGCCGUGCUCCGCGCCAUCUGCGAGAGUCUCCCGUCCAAGCAGAUGGCCUACCAGCUCAUCGACGUCUACGAGUCCAGAGUUCGCUAUCUCUGCGGCCACGUCGUGCACGUGCCGUGCCUCAAGCGCGAGAUGGAGGCCUUCUACGCCUUAGACUCGGUCGAGAAGCGCGCGCGCGUUGUCAACCACGUCGACCCGGGCUGGCUCGCCAUGUUCCUCUCCGUGCUCGCUCUCGGCCUGCGCUUCUACCCCUGCUCGCCCAAGCCCGGCUGGCAGCCCGCCAACCACCUCUUCGACGGCAAGACCAUCUACGCAUGGCACUCGGCCGCAAAGACGUGCCUCGUGCUCGCAAACUACCUCAACUCCACAAGCAUGAGCGUCAUCCAGGCCAUCCUCCUCCUCUACCUCUUCACCUCCGUCUCGGGCGCCAGCUGCGGCGGCGAGGCCGACUCGGGAACCACCAACACCGCCCUCCUCCGCAUCGCCAUCACCAAUGCGCAGGAAAUGGGCCUUCAUCGCCUCGGCGACCUCGACAAGCAGCCAAAACCCAACGAGCCCUCGUCCAAGGUCAUCCGCAGGGAGAUCGCAAAGCGCAUUUGGUGGGCGCUCGUCUUCCGCGACUGGAGCGCAACAGGCACCGGCUGCUCCAAGGACUACAUCAUCCGCGCAGAGCAUUUCAACACGCCCCUCCCCGGCAAUUACAACGACGAGGACCUCAUGAUUACGCCGCUCCCCGCCCCCCGGCCGCGCGAGGAGUUCACCGAAAUGUCUUACGUGCUCUCCAACCUCGAGUUUGGCAUGGUCGUCAAGGAGGACGUCGACGUGCGCUUCCGUCGCGAGUUACAUGCAGCCACCAACGGCGGCGACCGCCGCCUCACGUGCGUCGAGGCACAACGCCUCGAUGUGCUCUACCGCGGCGUCCUCGAAAACGCACCCAGCUACUUUAAGGUGGGAUCCGAGAUCGGCCGCGUGACGUGCAUCGAGGUGCAGCGCUGGCUGCUGCAGCAGGCCGUCUUCAGCAAGCUCCUCCGCAUCCACCGCCCCAACCUGUCGAGUCGCAAGGAGUCGCGCACCAACUGCGUGCUGCUCGCACGCUCCAUCCUCGACAUGCAGAAGAAGAUCCGCUCGCGCUGCACCGUCAUCGACCGCCUCUGGGUCAACCUCAUGCAGAGCUUCUCGGCAGCCAUCGUGCUGGCGCUCCAUCUGCUCCACACGCGCCCCACCGCCGACCACCGCGAGUCUGUCCGCUCCGAGAUCACCGAGGCCAUCCGCGCGCUCAAGCAGGUAGACGGGAACGACUGCGCAGCCAAGAAAUGCAUUCGCGUCAUUGAGGCCUUGCUUGAGGAGGAGGCGGAGCGAUGGCAGGCGGGCAACGCUGCCCUCGCACGCAAGGACGGACCCGGUACGCAGGAGGCCGCCAAACCUAAGCGAAAGCGCCAGAUGGAUGUCGACGCCGCCGACGACGAGGGCGCCGCCUCGUCGGGAGGCGGACGCAGGAAGAACCUGCUCAGUCUGGCGCAGCGAGUGGCGCAGGCCGCGCGCGAAGAUGGCUCUGCGGCCAAGGCGCGCUCGGCGCCGGCCCCGGUCGAUGAGGCUUCUAAGCGUCAGGCCACGAUGGCUGCGGUCCGAUCCAUGGCCGACGACGGCAGCCGUGCUGCGGCGGACCGAUCGCUCGAGGUGAACGGCGUCACGGCGCUCAAGGACGAUGCUUCGCUCUUCCGCAUGAACAACAUCACGCUGCCGACGUCCGGUCCGAGCCCGAUGUCCAUGUCGGCGCAGGCCAACACGGACGACGUGGCAUUCCCGCAGAUGCUGUCGACGAUGCCAUUCCCGAGCAACCUGUUCAACUUUGACGGCAGUAAUGAGGCCGCCCAGCGCCUUGUGCCGCCGAACGGUGUCGAUCUGAUGCUCAACAAUCCCAUCACUCCGCCGGAUGGCCAGUCGUUUGACCUGGCCGCGUUCCUUGAGCAGGUGCAGAACUCGCCCGGCAGCUCGACCGAUGUCAGUCUUUCGUCGGGACACGACGAGCGCUCGGCGUCGACGAGCUCGGACGUGUCGGGCAUGGACGACAAGGCGUCCGGCUCGGCCUUUGGCCGCGCGAGCACCAGCAGCGUCGGCGACGGCACCGACAACACGAGCGUGUCGAGCUUCGGCGAGCCGCUGCUCACCAAGGAGGCCAUCAACCGCCAGCAGCAGCAUCUGCAGGGAGCCAAUGGCGCCAGCGUGCUUGCGGCGAAUGCUGGCGUGGGUGUCCCUCAUGCGGGCUCAGCGGCGACGGGUGCGGCAAGGCCGGAUGCGUCGACGGACAUGGACUCGUUCUGGAACUGGAUCAUCACCCAGGGCGCCAACGGCAUCACUGCCAAUACAGGUGCGGCGGGACAGACGGCACCCGUGCUGGUCCAGCCCGCGCAGAACAAUGCGACGCCGUCGAGCCAGGCCAGUGUCGGUGCACCAGUGGCUGCGCACGUUACGCCGCAGUCGGCGCACAGCGGAUUGACGCCGUUCCUGGGUCCGAACGGAUUCUUUGCCAACGCCGGCAUGGAUCUUGCCAAGGGUGGUGCGGCGGUGCACGGAUAUCCGACACCGAGCUCGAUGGCGUCGUCGACGCCGCCGAGCAAGGCCGAGCCUGUGGGUGCGCAGGCGACUCAGCCGAGCACCACGGGCCCGGCUGCCGGCGGCGCGUUCGGCGACGAUGCGCAAAAGGCGGAUCUGCUGUCGGUGGGCACGCCAAGCGCCGGCUUUGGCCUCGAGAGCUUCCUCGGCGCGCCGCUGUACGACUUUACCGACUUUGCCAAUGCCUGGACGGCGAGCAACCCGGCGAGUGCGGGUCAGGUGGGCGCGAGCAUGGGUCCGGUCUCGGAUCCCUAG